GCACUCGUUUGAUAACCAACUUUUGGAGUUAUGAGCGUUUUUUAGGGUUUAAUACUUCCGGAAAUACGAUAUUAUAUUCCAUCGUAUUUGAAUUCCUGUCCGAUUAUAAUGGAUUAGUAUUUUGUGCUAAUAUGCGUGACAGUUUUUGAAUCGAGAUCACAAAAGUAGCGGAAAAAACCUCAGAAUAUCAUGAAUUUUCAGCUGUGAAUGUUUAAUAGGGAAUAAGUUACAAGGAAAUGAUUGAUGUCUUAUUAGGCUAUCGUUCUAAAUUUUCAAUCAAUAAUCGUUUUCGUAACAAUGUUGACGGGGAUAUUAUUAGCGAAUCGCUCUGUUUUUGUGGCCUUGCAGAAAGGUAUUCAAUUUAAUUAAGAUCAGCGAAUGAACACAUACAUAAUUAAAAAAGCGUAAUCCUGUUGAUAUCACCGACUGAUCUGCGACUUGGAGAAGACUACCAAAAUAAGUUUGGUACAUAGUUUCUGGAACGUGAGAAAUCUUCUACCUAGUCAUAUUUGCUGACCACUCGUGGUUUUCUUUCUUUACAGUGUCAAGACAAAACCAACUAAAGUGGCAUUUUGCAAAAAGUAUAUGCCCUACACACAUCGUAUAGGCCUUAAAGAUGUGGCCGUCAACUUGAUAUCACAAACGUACUUUUCCCCCACAAAAGUUUUGCUGCACCUCUAUAACGUUGUCGAAAAAUCUACUUGCAUUAACGGCCAUUCAGUUAAUAUAAUUGCUUGGUCACAUGAAAAGAUUGACGUGUCCAGAAUUUCUAUCAGAAUUGAGAAAGAUAGUGAAACACGCUACGUUACUCUAACUGAAGAGGAUCGUCACAAUGCCAGAUUUUGAAAACAUGGACGCCACGUCUCCAAUCAAAAUCAAAAUUCAAGAAUUUGCUAAAAACUUUGAUUCAUUUGAUCCUCCCGCAAGGGCGCCCGUAAUAAAGGUAACAACAGAUCUAUUAGAGGUUAUACACGAAGACAGAGAGAGUGAAAUGACGAGGCUAAAGUUUGUCGCGAAAAAACUAAAUCUUGCAACCAGAAGACCAUCAUAUAUGAAAUGGCUUGAAGACUUGAAAAAACCAGCUCUUGCUGAUUUGAAUAAAGAAGGUGAAGUAAGAAACGAAAAUAAAGACUAUGGAGAAAGGAAACGAGAAGUUGAGGAGGGAAUAUCGUGGCUAAGAAGUGAAUUGAUGUUAAUGAGACAACAGGACCAGGCGUUAGCCCAAACGUUACUGAGCCUCCGUGCAGAGAUUAACGACCUACGCCUCCAAAUCAGCUGCGAUGAACACAAAGAGAUCAUUGAAGACGUACGAUUUUCUGUUGUUGAUGAAGAUGAGAAUGCAGGGGACUACAAUGAUUUAGCAAUGCUAGAUAGACCACCAACCUUCUGUGAGAUGGACCACGAACGACCGCUUAAAACUUUGGGAGUGACCCGAAUGAAUUUACGGGCAAGGAGAUUUUCUCUUAUGUGAUAUAGCUUUAAUACAUAGGCAAUAAAUAGCUUUGUAGGCCUACUGCUUUUUUAUGACAAAAAUUGAAGAUAGAAUAACUGGAAUCGUGUCGCCCGUUGACUAUGAUUGUCUUGAGAACUUUUUUGUUGAUACACAGACUUUCGUGCUUCAGGUGAAAUGAAUUUGGAAGAUUGUUUUUUGAGACGUGCCACUGUCACUCAUUCAGAUUGGAUAUAAAACGGCUUAAAAAAUGUAUAAAACGUUGAGACUUUUUGAGUGAAAAUCAGCAUGAGUAUCGUAAUAUACUGGAAGUUGAUAUUCAUUCUAUUCCACUGUGUAUAUGAGACGUGUAUUAGCAGUCACUCACAGAUCGGUUAUAAAAACGGCAUAAAAAAAAUCUAUAAAACGUUGAGACUUUUGAGUGAAAAGCAGCAUGAGUAUCGUAAUAUAUUGGAAAUUGAAAUUCAUUCGAUUCCACUGUGUACCGUAUAUAGGAAGACCAUGUGACACUUGUUGUAUAAAUUAUGUACAUUCGGUCAUCUGUGUGCUGCCGUCGUUCCCUUGUGAACGAAUGAUUAAUCAGCCUCAACAAAAUAUUGUAAAAUACGUUUGUACAACCCGAUUUCUAAGUAUCCAGGUCUACGCAUGGUUUGGGCAUAGUCUGCGCACGGUUUGCGCAGGCAUGUUGUUAAACGGUUGUUUCAAAUAGGACUAUAGAAUAAGACCACUACGGUAUGAUACGACGACUGUACUAGCAAAACAUUAUGUACGGUACAUUAUCUUUAUUGGUCUAAUAAUUAUUUCUUUCUAGAGAAAAGGGACAAAUUAAAUCUAAAGUUCCUUUUGCAAAACACUGGUUAAUUGCCUCAGCUAUUUAAUAAAGUACUAAAAUAAAAAUACAUAAAAUACCAAUGCUCCGUGAAGAUGAGUCCAUAUUUAUCGAUGAUAAUGUUUGCUGUGGACGUGAUGUUUGAUGCGAUGUGCAUUUUGCAUUAUUGUGUGUCUAUCUAGUCAUACAGCAUUGGUGAAAAACAAGACAAAUGGAAAAAAUAAGUAGGCUUAAUUAAAAAAAAUAAACAAGCAAGGUAAACUAUAUCGAUUUUUUUCCAUAGUGCAUGAGCAUAGCUUAGCAACUUCGAUUUAGUUAAACCAUGGAUGAAAGUUAAACGAAUACUCCUUAUUAUCUCGACAAGAACAAUUAGCCUGAUGUGGUUCUCCGUGACAUAAAUUAAAGGCAUCAACUAGUGGGUCGAUUAUAUUUACAGACCGGCUUCACGUUGGUAGUAGAGCUGGGCAGUAGUACUAUAAUUUGCUAAAUAGUUUAAUACGAGGUAGGCAUGGGUACUACGGGAGAAUUGUUAUAAGACAGAAUUUAAGAUUUUUAUGCUAAAGAGUAUUGAUUUAGAUAGACAUCAACUCUAUAUUUAUAACUUAUGAAUUCCAUUGAUUGUAUUUAUAAUAAAUAAUUUAAUAAAAAAACUUUCAGAA